UGGUUAAACAGCAGUUCAAAUGUGCCUUUUACGCCACUAUUAGCGUUUUUUGCGUUGGGUUUCGUAUCCAUAACAAUCAUGUAUUUUCCACGGAUGUUUCUCAUUUUCGCUCUUGCGCCAUUUUCCUUUACAGAACCAAAGGUAAAUAAAUUCCCUCGAGAAUUUGUAGAGUACCUUCACAAAGCCGGAAUACCAUUGGGCAGUGUGUUACACCGGAACCGGCCAAUUUACGUACCUGAUGUGUCCGCCAUAUCUGCUCGGCGGUAUGACGCAACCACUAGAUCCCAGGCCUUGAGUGAUACUCCAGAGCACUCCAAGGGCGUCAUAACUACGAAAUUAAACAACCCCGCAUACUAUCCACGCGAAGCCAUUUGUCAGCCUAGACCAGUCGCCGUCAGAAUACCUAAGGGACCUCACGUUCGCUCCUUCCCUGAUUACGUCAUCCUAAACCGCUGCACUGGAAGUUGCCCGUUCAAUCAGGAGAUCGAACACUGCACUGUGACUGAAAGAGACGCCAUUACUGUUACAAUAUUUGAAUUAGUAGGCAACCAAGUUCACGUUGUCAAUACUGUCCUGUACAAUCACACUGCAUGUAGCUGCGAUUGUAUCGCUAAAGAGAGCGAUUGCGAUCCAAACAAACAAACCUGGAACCAAGACACUUGCGGGUGUGAUUGUAUCGCUAACGCAGGCAGCUGCGCAGACAACCAGAAAUUUGACGACAAUAAAUGUGAGUGUAAAUGUAACGAGGCAGAACGACACUGUGAUCACGUGCACAAAGUGUGGGACUUCAAGAACUGUGGAUGUCACUGCAAAGCCGUUCUUCAGGAGAAGUGCAAUGCUCAAAACCAGCAUAUCAAUACGGAUACAUGCGAGUGUAACAAUGUUAAUGCAUGAAGACUUGCAUGACUUCAUUUUGUACAUCCCGUGACUCACCCAUCACGGUGUCACGCUUUUACGCUCUUUGAAUAAAACGCUAGCAUGUAUCUAAUAAUACUGUAGUUAAGUCAUUUUCAGAAUGUUUUCUUUAAAAUUUCAUAUGAAUACGACAAUAUUGUGAAAGUCAAUGGCAAGAAACAAAUAAAGGUGCCAUGUUAAAAACUUA